AUGGAAGUCAAAUACGUAGCUAUUCAUCAUCGUGAAUUAGACACCUAUAUAUUGGUACCGAAGCAAUGGCCUAAGCGUGCUAAUAGCCUAUUUUUGACUUUGGCAGAUCAAAUAAUCGCUCAGUUUAAUGAAGUGAGUCCGGUAGUGAGAAUGUGCGACAUACCAACUCGGUUAAUUUGUCGAGUGGAUGAUAGUGGGUUCUACUAUAUAUUCAACAAAGUGUCAAUAGAAGAAAUGAUUGGCAUCUUUGUCUACAAUAUUGUAGUUCCUGAUGGCAACGAAGAUAUCGAAGUAGAAAUCUUUAGCGGACAGUAUCUUAAUCGUAUUUCGUGGCCCGAUGAUGGUACGUUGCGUGCCAUACCCCAGUCCCCAUCAGUAAGUUGUUACAUGUUACAAAGUUGA